CUCUAGGCGAACCCAAACGGGACGCCGGGCUAACAUUUUGAGCAUUCACACCCGAAAAGACACAGGGGUAUCACAUGGUUCCUGCACCGUCUGAAUCCACACCGGUCCAGCUUUGAGGUGGUACCGCUUUCGCUCGCGUCCGCGUAGGCUAAAUAAACGCAAAAAUUGUGAUUGUAAAAUAACAGAUUUCGCUUAUCAUGAGAGGUAAAAGAGGCAGGCCGCCCAAAUCGCUACAAGCCGAGGAGCCGUCCCCAGCUACGUCCCGGGGCUUGCGACCCAGGAGGAAUCUGAAGCCCAGGUUGCGAGACAGCGGGGAUGAGGAGAGCCCCACAAGGGAGACCACCAAGUCGGCCAGAAAGAAGAGAGGGGGAUCCGGCACGUCAACACGGGGCAGGGGACGAGGUAGAGGUGGCGGCGGCGGCGGCGGCGGCAGAGGAGGCAGAGGGGGUCGCGGAGGAAGGCGGACGGCUGCGUCCAAAACAGUGGUGUACGACGACCACGAGAGUGAGGAGGAGGACGAUGCUGUCAGUUUGAGGUCGGACGAGGACGAGUUUAUUGAGGAGGAACCUCAGUCCGAAGAGGAUGAGGCCCUCAAAGAGGAUUCCGAUUGCCUUGAAGAUGAUGUGCUGGACGAGGAGGAGGAGGAGGAGGAUGAUGCCAGCUACUGUACAGAGAGUAGCUUUCGGAGUCAGAGCACACACGCCAGCACUCCGGGGAAGAAGAAACUACGGGCUCCCCGACCUCGCACUCCCAUUCUGGAGGAGAAGGAGAUUCCUCCUCUUGAGCUUCCUGACUCCUCUGAGGAUCUCCUGGUGCCUAACGAGGAGCUGCUUAAUGCCACCUCCAUCUAUGAGGUGCUACGGAACUUCAGCACAGUGCUGCGUCUCUCUCCCUUCCGCUUUGAGGACUUUUGUGCAGCACUGGUAGGCCAGGAGCAGUGCACUUUAAUAGCAGAGACCCAUAUUUCCCUUUUGAAGGCCAUCCUACGUGAGGAGGACUCCUCCAACACUACCUUUGGCCCUGCUGACCUCAAGGACAGUGUCAAUUCCACUCUGUACUUUAUUGACGGCAUGACGUGGCCUGAGGUGUUGCGGGCGUAUUGUGAGAGCGACCGGGAGUACCAUCACGUCCUUCAGUAUCAGGAGGCGGAUGAUUAUCCCUACGGUCCUCUUGAAAGUAAGAUCAAGGUGCUGCAGUUCUUGGUGGACCAGUUUCUCACCACCAACAUCGCCCGCGAGGAGCUGAUGUCUGAUGGCAGCAUGCAGUAUGACGAUCACUGCCGUGUGUGUCAUCGCCUGGGUGACCUGCUGUGCUGUGAGACCUGCUCAGCGGUUUACCACCUGGAGUGUGUGAAACCACCACUGGAGGAGGUUCCAGAGGACGAGUGGCAGUGUGAGAUUUGUGUGGCACACAAGGUGCCUGGUGUUACAGACUGUGUAACGGAGGCGCAGAAGAACAGGCCCUACAUCCGCCAGGAACCCAUUGGAUAUGACCGGCACCAGAGGAAAUACUGGUUCCUGAACAGAAGGAUUAUUAUUGAAGAGGACGGGGACCAAAAGAAGAAAAAGAUCUGGUACUACAGCACCAAGGCGCAGCUGGAGGAGCUCAUGGAGUGCCUGGAUAAGGAGUACUGGGAGAUGGACCUGCACGCCACUCUGGAGGAGAUGAAGGAGGAAGUGCAAGCUCACAUGGACAUCACAGAGGACCUUACCAACAAAGCCCGCGGAAACAAUAAAGCCUACCUCACUGCUGUCAACGAGGUGAUCAUGGAGCAUUUGAAGGUCAGGCGGGAGGCACAGGAAGCAAAGGGGCGAGCGGAGGAGACAAAGCAGGAAGCAGAAACGGGGUCCGUUAAAACAGCAGAGGAUGCAGCCGAGUUCACCCCGCAGCUCGACGGCAGAGAGCACAAAGACGCCGAGCCCAAGGAUGACACUAGUUCUCAAGCAGCCUCGGCUCCCACUACUGCAGAGGAGAGCUGCGUGUCUGAUCCUAACCCCAGCCCAGACUCCCAGGACUCAGCUGUGCCUAAAACAGAAUCCCUUGAAUCAAACGAGGAAACGGAGCCCGCUCCCUCUGGGAGCCCGGAGAGUGGGGAGUCCCCUCCAGUGUUAAAGCAGGGAAGGACAGUUGAGGAUGUGAAAGCAGAGUCCAGCAGUGAAGUCGUGAACCCUGACGACCCCCAGGCACAAACCCAAGAUCAGCCACAGCAGCAGGCGUCUCAGCCAGAGGCGGGUGCUGGCAGCAGCGAGGUUUCUGGAUCUGGGAGCAUCAGGAAGCCAGACCUGCCUGACCUGGCUGAUCGGUCCUCUCAGUCCUCUUUUACUAGCCAGGAUGGAACAGAGGAAUAUAACGAAAGGGUCAAGAGUGAUGCAACAAGAGCACCAGGACAGGAACUGAAUAACCAAACGCCCAGAGGCAGCAAAGAGUCAUCCCCCGUUCACUCCGAUGGCGAAUCGUCGCGACUCACCUUCUUGAAGAGGGACCUGACAGUGAAUCUGAACAGCUUGUUCAAGCUGGGUCAGGAGGGUAAAUACAGGGUCUACCACAACCAGUACAGCACCAACGUCCUGGCCCUGAACAAACAUCAGCACCGUGAGGACCACGACAAGAGACGCCACCUGUCCCACAAGUUCAGCCUGACCACCGCAUCGGAGUUCAAAUGGAACGGCUCUAUCUAUGGUUCGCGGAGCCUGACGGUGUCCACUCUGCGCCUCACCAUCAUCCAGUUGGAAACCAGUGUUCCUGGACCAUUUAUGCAUCCUAACUGGGCAUCGCACAGGACCAACUGGAACAAAGCGGUGCAGAUGUGCAGCAAGGCCAGGGAAUUUGCUUUGGCCUUGGCCAUAUUGGAGUGUGCCAUCAAACCAGUGGUCAUGCUGCCUGUGUGGAAGGAUUCUCUUGGACACACAAGGCUACAUCGCAUGACCUCCAUGGAGCGGGAGGAGAAGGAGAAGGUGAAGAAGCGAGAGAAAAAACUGGAGGAUGAGGAGACUCUGCAGCAGGCCACCUGGGUGAAGUACACCAUCCCCAUCAAACACCAGGUGUGGAAGCAGAAGGGGGAGGAGUACAGAGUGACGGGCUACGGUGGCUGGAGCUGGGUCAGUAAGACCCAUGUGCCACGUUUUUUUCCAAAGCUACCGGGAAACACAAACGUAAACUACCGCAAAGAACUGGAGGCUAAAAUGAAUAAGGAAAAUGCAGCAGUUUGCACAAAUAACCAGAAGAAGUUAAUGGAAACUGAGAAGCAGAAGACAGCUGAUGAGGACAAGGAGCAAACGUCAGCUCAGAGCACUUCAUCGGAGGAGGACUGCAAACCUCAGAACUCCAGAGAGGAAGAAAAACCUGCAAGCAAGGAGGAGGGGAAAAAUAUGGAAGAGGAGAGAGAAGAUGACAAAAUGCAGGUUGACCCAUGUCCAGAAACUCUUGCUUCAAGUGAAGAAAAAGAUAAAGUUGACAACAAAGCCCCUUCCUCGUCUGUAACUGUGGAGCCUGUAAGGGAAGAACUGGUUCAGAAUGUCGAACAACCCAAGAAGGAGGAGGCCGCUGCAUCAAAGACCUACUAUGAUGUUGUGAAUGUCAGCGAGGGCUUCCAGCUGCGCACGGCUUAUAAGAAGAAGGUAAAGCCUUCCAAACUGGACGGGCUGUUGGAGCGGCGGGUAAAACAGUUCACCUUGGAGGAGAAACAGAGGCUAGAGCGGGUGAGACAGGCGGCCCUGCUGUCCAAAACGGCAGCCAUGAAGCCUAAUUCAGGGGUUAAGACCGAAGGAUCCAUGUUAGGCAAACAGCAGCCUGCCGUGACCCCGUGUGUUAAAGCAGAAGAGAAGGAGGAGAGUUUACAGGUGAAAGACCACGUGGUUAAAAAGCUUGACUUUGAGCACGAGCAGACGGACGUGAAAACAGACAAUUUGGAUGUCAAACCAGACUCCACAGCAACCAACCACAGUAAACAGACAGAGGUGAAUGCUGUACAGGGGAACGGUGGCGAGGCCUUAACCCAUAAAGAGGUGAAUGGAGGACCCUUAGCAAACGCUGAGCUCAGCAGUAAAAACAACUGUAUAUCAGAGGCAAUAGAGAGCAAAGAAAAAACACAGAAGCCAGAGGUGGCUCGAGUGGGAGAGAACGCUAAAAAACGUGGCUAUGAGGAGAUGGAGCAAGGCAGCGGACAGAGUGACACAGAGAGCAUGGAGGUGGACCAGAGCAGGAGCAGUCCGGUGCAGGUCAAUGGGAAAACUGUGGACACUGCAUCUGCAGACUCAAACAUCAACUCAGACCCGGCCAGUCGAGUCCAAGGUGACACCAAAGAGCCUGUCAAGUCUCUGAUGAACGGUGACCUCUCGCAAAAUGAUGUCUCCGACAGGUGUCAUCCGCCUCCCCUGAAAGUCCCAAAAUUAGAGAACCAUGUGGCGGAGAAAGGAGACGCUCUCAAUAAGAAUGAGGACGCUGCCAUGGACAGUAAGGGGACAAUACCUGCUAAGCUUCCAUCCUCAAGCCCUUCGUGUGUGAAUAGUAAUAGCACCGACAGUUGCAGUAUUAGCAACGCUUUGAAGACUUCUGUCACCACUAACGCCACCACAGAGUCUCAGAACGUCCCAGCAGCUGACAUGUCCAGCAGCAUUAGUAAGCCCGGUGUAACGUCCCAAGCCUCCUCUGUUACCACUUCUACCACCGCACAGUCCAGCUCCCUUGCACCCGGGGCAGUUCUCUCCCAGAAGACCAAACUUCCAGUCCCCGACACCAAGAUGGGCGUCUCUGGUUCAACAACAGCGGGCUCCAUGACGAUCAGCAAAGAGUACUCCACCAGAGACCGAGUCAGCCUUCUGAGGUUCUCCAAAUCCAAGAAGGCGCGCUCAGGCACCGCCCUGCCAUCCUACCGUAAAUUUGUUACCAAGAGCAGCAAGAAGAGCAUCUUCGUCCUGCCGAACGAUGACCUGAAGAGGCUCGCAAGGAGAGCAGGCAUCAGGGAGGUGCCCAUCUUCAACUACAACGCCAAGCCAGCCCUGGAUGUAUGGCCCUACCCUUCACCUCGGCCCACCUUUGGGAUCACAUGGAGGUACCGCCUCCAGACCGUGAGGUCGCUGGCAGGGGUCAGCCUGAUGCUGAGGCUGCUGUGGGCCUGCCUGAGGUGGGACGACAUGGCUGUUAAGCCCUCCGCUGCUGUAGGGACCACUCGGAAAGAAACCACGGACACGGACAUCACCACAACAGAGAUUAUAAAACGAAGAGACGUGGGGCCGUACGGCAUCCGCUCAGAGUACUGCAUCAGGAAGAUCAUUUGUCCCCUGGGAAACAGAGACACUCCCAAAGAAACCCCCACUCCACAGAGGAAAGGCCUGCGCUCGAGCGCCUUGAGGCCCAAGAAGCAGGAGCCAGCCAAACUGACGGGGCCCAUCGCUGUGGAGACAUGGGUCCCUGAAGAGGACCUGGAGCUGUGGGAGAUCAGGGCCUUUGCAGAGAGGGUGGAGAGGGAGAAGUCACAGGGCGUCGAUCCCUCCAAGACUGGCAGUAGUCUGAAGACAGCAGAGGAUGUUAAAGCCCAUUUGGAGAAUCAGCUGAAACAGGCCAGACUAGCUGCUCAGCAGAAACGCCUGGAGCAGCAGAGACCGAACACAACCGCCACCACUUCCACAACAACAGCCACCACCACCUCAGCCAGUACCCCCAGCACCCCAGCACCCAUGGGCCAGAGGACGGGUCAGGUCACGUCCGGAACCAAGAUGGUCCUCGCCUCCAAAUUGGGCUCUCCAGUCUCCUUCCAGCAAGACAAGAACUUCCACCAGUCUUUUGCCUCCUGGGUCAAGCAGGGUCAGACCAACAACAGCACAGGUGUAGUCCAGCAGAAAGUCCUAGGCAUUUUCCCCUCUGGGCCUCCUGCGAACCUUAGGACAUACAGCACACUACAUCCUACGACUGGCAACAUCAACCUCAGAGCCACCACCUCUGGCUCAACUACGCAGCAACAGGCCACUACAGCAGGAGGUCCAACACAGCCUGGCACUACAAUGAGCCAGCCAACUACCCUGUCUACCUCUGUGGGCACAACAAUGGUCCGAAGUCCAGCGUUGGCUCAACAAGGUCAACCUCAGCAGGCUGUGACCCAGAUGGGCCGUGGCCAGCCUGCAGCUACAGCUGUGCCCGGUUCUACACCAGUGCAGACGGCAGCCGCUCAGAGAGCAGCAGGUCCUGCGCCAUCACCUCGUGCAGCCACCACGGCUCCUGGACAGCCCCCUGCAGCUCCCGCCCAGGCCAACAGACCACAGCAGGGUCAAGUCAAACUCACUAUGGCACAGCUCAUGCAACUAACACAGGGCGCUCAGGGUGGAAACCCAGGUCUGACAGUGGUGAUCCAGGGUCAGGGCCAGACCCAGGGCCAGCUGCAAAUCAUCCCACAGGGCGUAACAAUCAUCCCAGGCCCUGGUCAGCAGCUGAUGCAGGCAGCCAUGCCUAAUGGCCAGGUCCAGCGCUUCCUCUUCACUCCCAUGCCCCCAUCCUCACCAGCUUCAACUUCAACACCCACUGCUGCUACUGCUACACCUACAAAGCCUGCUGUACCUCAGACCCUUCAAACCCAAACCUCAACUCCAGCUCAAGCCAGAACCACCGCACAAGUCCAGACGACUCCCUCGGCCUUAGCCCAAACACAAAUGGCAGCCCCCAUACCUGCCCCAACACAAUUGCCAAGCUUGGCUCCGAUCCCAGCCUCGCUCCCCGUGCAAACACAAGUCGCAGCCCCUGUACCUGCUCCAGCACAAGCUGCAGCCCAGACCCCAGUGCAAACACAAGCUUCAGUCGCUACCCCGUCAUCCAUCCCUGCACAUUCGCAGAUAACCAGUCCUGUGCCUGCCCUGCCACAAGCUGCAGCCCAGGCCUCCACACAACCCCAUGUGGCAGGAUCUGUGCAUGCCCCGGCACAAAAUGCAGUCCCAUCUAUGAUUCAGACAGUCUUCACCUCAGCCACAGCCCCUGCUCAAAACCAAACAGGUGUCCCAGCCACGGUCCAAACCCAAGCCUCCGCCAUCACCCCAGCCUCAGUCCCUACACCAACCCAAACUGCAGUGUCGCUGCCUGUCCCGGGACAAGUUGCACCCCUGUCCCAGGUCCAGGCACAUGCCCUCAGCUCUUCCCCAGUCUUAACCUCAGCCCCUGUCCAGAUGCAUGUUAAUGCCUCUUCUGCAGCACCUGUCUCAGUCAAAGCUGCCCAAGUUGCUGCCACAGUAGCAGCUACCAACUCGGCCCAAAUGCAAGCCUCUGCCUCUCUUCCCUCUGCUGUGCCAGUUCCAACCCCUGCUCUCGCCCCCGUCUCUGCUCCUGUCAUAGGCGUCGUGUCCACCCAAAUUGCUGUCCCGUCCCCAGCCAAAGCUCUCACCCAAAUCCAAGUCACGGCUCCGGGUCCCCUACACGCUGCUGUGGCCAGUGCUGUUGUCACACCAGUCACAGCCACCUCUACGACACCUUCAGUGCCAGCUCUGACAGAGCAGAGGGCAGCUCAGCCUCAGCCCUGGACUCCAGCCGCAUCUCAAGCCCAGACUCCAGUUCAGCCAGCUCAUCAGGCUGCCGCUCCGGUUCAGGCACCCGUCCUGGCCACUGUACCUGCCUCUGCCCCUUCAUCGGUCUCCACGCAUUCACCUGUUACCCCUCUGCCUCAAGCAUCUCUUACUCCUCAGUCUCAAGCACAAGCGCAGCACCCUACAGUUGUAUCCAUGCAGCAGGUGUCUCAAAUGCCAGUCUCAGCGGUGCAGGUUCAUAUGAAGGGAUUACCAGUGUCUUCUGUUGUGACUACCGUGAGACCCUCCCAGCCUCAGCUCCAGCCCCAAACCAGUGCUCAGCUACAACCCCAGCCCCAAGCCCAUAUCCAUGCACCGAUUCAGGUCCAGGCCUUUGGCCAAGUCCAGCAGAUCCCACACAUUCAAGCACAAGCCCAAAUCCAACCCCAGGUCCGAGUUCAGUUUCAGCCCCGGGCACCCCAAGUACAGCCUCUUACUCAAAUCCAACCUCAGGUGCAGUUUCAGCCCCAAAACCAAACCUUGCCCCAGGUACAGGCCCCAGCCCAGGCCCAGCUCCAGUCAAGGGUCCAACCUCAGUACCACCCCCAGGUACAAGCUUCAUUUCAAACACAAACCCAGCCCCAGGCUCAGCAACAGCCUCAGGUCCAACCUCAGCCCCAGGUUCAUUCGCAGCCUCAGGUUCAGUCUCAGGCCCAAACCCAGCUCCAUCCCCAGGUUCAGAUCCAGUUCCAGCAACAGAGCCAGAUUCAACCUCAGGCACCGCAGCAGCCCCAGGUCCAAACUCAAGUCCAAACCCAGCCCCAGUUUCAAGUCCAAUCACCGCAGCAAACACAGGUCCAGCAACAGCUUCAGAUCCAAGCGCAACCCCAAGUCCAAACUAAGCUCCAAGUCCAGUUCCAGCCUCAGAACCAAAAUCAAGUUCAAACACAGCCUCAGCUUCAGGUCCAGUCUCCAAUCAGGCAUCAGCUCAUCACUGUUCCCGGCCUGCAACAGCCAGUCCAGCUUCUCUCAGCCCUUCCACCCCACGUUGCUGCCCAAAUCCAAGCCCAGAUCCAGGCACAGGCACAGCAGCAGGGAGGCACAGUCCCACAGCAGAUCAAACUGCAGCUGCCUAUCCAGAUCCAGCAGACAGGGGGGCAGAUUCAGGCCCACCAGAUCCAGAACAUGGUGACCAUACAGGCACCAGCAAGCGUCCAGGAGCAGCUUCAGAGGAUGCAGCAACAGCAACAACAGCAGCAACAACAACAGCAGCAACAGCAACAACCACCACCGCCAAAGAAGAAGAAACACCACGAGGCCAAAAGGGAACAGAAGGAGCAGAAUGUGCAGGCUGUUAACCCCGGGGACGGCAUUCACAAACAGGUGGUAGCUAAGCAGAAUGCUACAGCAGAGCAGCUGAAACAGAGGAAGACCCUGGCUGCAGCGGAGCGAGAGGAGAACCAGAGAAUGAUUGUGUGCAACCAGGUGAUGAAGUUCAUUCUCGACAAGAUUGAGAAGGACGAGAAGCAGGCAGCUAAGAAGAGGAAAAAGGAGGAGGUGGUGGAGCAGAAGCGCUCCAAGCAGAACGCGACCAAGCUGACCGCACUGCUGUACAAGCACAAAGAACAGCUGAAGGCUGAGAUCCUGAAGAAGAGGGCCCUGCUGGACAAGGAGCUGCAGCUGCAAGUACAGGAGGAGCUGAGGCGGGACAUUGCCAGGCUACAGAAAGAAAAGGAGAAAGCCAGAGCUGCUAUCACCCAAGCUGCUGCAGCGACCGUCAAGGCGGCCUCUUCCCACUCCUCCCACUCUUCACAUUCCUCUCACAGCACCCACACAGUGACCUCACCUUCCUCAUCCCACAAACGCAAGAGGGAAGAGGACAGAGACAAAGACAGAAACAGAGAUAGGGACAGGCAUCACGACAAGGACAAGAAACGGGAAAGGGACAAGGACAGAGACCGGCACAGAGACAGAGAAAAAGACAGAGACCGGGAUCGAGACAGGGAGAGGGAGAAAAACCGAGAGCGGGACAAACAUCGGGACAGGGACAGAGAAAAGGACAGAGAUAGGGACAGAGACAAGGACAGAGAUUCCAGCUCUUCAAAACACAAGAAGAAGAAGAAGAAGCUCUCUUCUACCUCAAAGGAUCACAAGAAGGACACCAAACUGUACUGUAUUUGCAAAACACCCUACGACGAGUCCAAGUUUUACAUAGGGUGCGACCUGUGCUCCAACUGGUUUCAUGGCGCGUGUGUUGGCAUCACAGAGAAGGAGGCCAAGAAGCUGGAGGACUUCGUGUGCAAUGACUGUAAACGUGGCCAGGAAGGAGGAAGCAACGAGGAGCUAUACUGCAUCUGCCGGACGCCAUAUGACGAAUCACAGUUUUACAUAGGCUGUGACCGCUGUCAGAACUGGUACCACGGCCGCUGUGUGGGCAUCCUGCAGAGCGAGGCCAAUCACAUCGACACAUACGUGUGCCCGCAGUGUCAGUCGACGGAAGACGCCAUGACGGUCCUCACGCCGCUCACUGACAAAGACUACGAGGGGUUGAGAAGAAUAUUGCGCUCUUUACAGUCUCACAAAAUGGCGUGGCCUUUCCUUGAACCGGUGGAUCCCCACGAUGCACCUGAUUAUUAUCGCGUGAUCAAGGAGCCAAUGGACUUCUCCACCAUGGAAACCCGUUUGCAGAAGCGACAUUACCACAAGCUCACAGAGUUCGUGGCCGACGUGACCAAAAUCUUCGACAACUGCCGCUAUUACAACCCCAACGACACUCCCUUCUUUCAGUGUGCCGAGGUGCUGGAAGCCUUCUUUGUACAGAAGCUCAAAGGUUUCAAAGCGAGCAGAUUGUCAGAUUCUUAAGUGGGCCAGUCUAGCUGGAGUCUGGACUGGAUGCUGGGGGUUUCUUGUAAUAAUGACACGGAAACGUUCUGUUUCCCAAAAAAACAAAAAAAAUCCAUCAAUAAAGAAAAAAAUAAUAAUAUUGACACAAGAACACACACUUAAACACCAAAUGUGCUUUCAUGUAAAUGUCACCAAUUUAAAGUUUUCAAUAAGCACAAAGUGGCAGCCAUGUUGACGAGUGUUAUCAUGUGAUCGAGGGAGAUGCUUUCAUCUAAUCAUGACAUUGGCCUUUUUGAACAAUCCAUCACAGUAGCUAGGCUGUUUUCAGUGAGAUUUUAAAUGCGUUUUAGUUCUUAACUUGUAUUUAUUUUUUUCUGUCAUACAUCCGAGUUGGAUUGGACUUGUUGAGAAUGUCAGCCUCUCCAGAUAUAAGAAAAUAUAAAGCUGCAUAUUUUAUUACAGAGAGAUAUUUAUGAGACGUUUUUGUAUGUUACUUCCCAUAGAGAUUGAUUACGAUGGUUGAUGAGUGUACAUACGUUUUAUCAUGUACAGUGGUUAUAAGAUAUAUCUGACUUUGUUUGUUUGGAUGUUUUAAAUAAUUAUGAAACAAACCAUUUUAGAUAGUAUUAUUUUUAGAAGACCAAAAUGCAACACGAAGAGUGAGCAAUUUGAACUCAUCUUGUUCCUCGUUUAAUAAUGUAACUUCAUUUUGUAGUUGUGGAAGCUUUCUUCAGUACUAAAGGCAUUCCCAGUAAAUUACACCAACAUGGCUGCAGGAUCCUUUGCUGACCCCUUCGCAUUGUCUGUGUCUGUUUCUUGAGAUGUCAAGACAGUAGAAAGAAAAAAACAAACUGUGUGAAGGGCUCUCAACUUUCCCCUCUCUUCACAUUCUGUAGGUCUCAUAACAACAAGCUACAGUCUUCUUCAGCCUCUUAGAAAGCAUCGCACAUUGCUCAAACGAAAUGCACUUGCCAAGAAUAUGGCUUUUCUGAACUGUAACUCUGUGACGGACUCUGCCUCUCCCCGUAUUUGGGAUCUGCCUCCUCGUUGACUGUUGGUGCAGCCAGCACUGCUGCUUUCACAGAACUGCUCAGGCAGAGCAGCCCUCUGCCCAUUUCAGCUCUAAGGGACCUUAUUGGACCUUCAUCAGUGGGGACUGUACUGAGGAGCGUUGGACAACGGAGGCAUUUCAGAAGAAAGUUUACCUCGGAGAAAAGACUCUUAAGGAGCUCUCAUAUUUCCAUGUACUUUAUUUUUUUUGAUCUCAGUCUUUUUAUUUUUAUUUUUUUCUUUCUUGUUAAAAAUCCCUCAGGCCAUCCUUGUGGUCAUCAUGUCCAAGAAAUAGGAAGCUGAAUACUGACUGUACAAUGGCUGAGUUUUACUGAGCAUAAUGUAUCAAGAGUUUUGUGUCUAAAUUCAGAUAUCAUGGUGGAACAACUUUUUUUCUCCCAUUUCCACUCAUUGUUUAGUCUGAAGUGGCAUGAAAGACAGUUGUACUAAAUAUCUGGAAAUAAAUAGUCUGCUUGGUUAAACUUCUAUAACCUACUGAAAGUAUGGUAAUAAGCUAUUGUAAAUGAAUUGCUCUGCAGUAGUGACUGACUGACUGAGAAGGAUGAAACCGUGUGAAGGUUCCUGCCCUGUUUGUAAAAAUUUGUCAGAUUUUGACUUGAUUUCUUUUUCUUUUUUUGUAUUACAGCUGAAGAAAUAUUGAUGUAUAUGGAACUUAAUAAAAUGGAAA